CCAGCAGGCUAGAGCGCGUCCGUGUUAUGUGUGCCAUGGACUCAGCCCAGUAAUAUUGACAAUAGGGCGAAAAAGGGACCGAUAUUCCCCAAUAAAACAUAUUUUCUGGAUACAAAUAACCUAUAGUCGCGGUGUGUGGACAUAAAGAGAUUCCCGGGGAUGUUUAUAUUUCAGCUGGAUCUUUUUCUAUCGUCGGAAAUUUGAGUGUUUGAUGGGAUUAUUGCUGUGGGUUUGGCAGUUUUUAAGGCCAAAAACAGAUUUUGUGUCUUUAUUUUUAUUUUUCUGCUGCUUCAAGAGGCCUUGAAGGAGGAAAGACGGUUAAAACACCCAUAUCAGCUCCUCACAUCGAAAACAUCAAGGGCUAUGUCCUCCGCAGCCACCACUCCUCCAUCAGUGGAUAAAGUAGACGGAUUUUCCCGGAAGUCUGUCCGGAAGGCCAAGCAGAAACGUUCUCAGAGUUCCUCACAGUUCCGCUCUCAGGGCAAACCAAUCGAACUCACACCUCUUCCCCUGCUCAAAGACGUCUCUGCUCAGGAGCAGCCGGAGUUGUUCCUGAAGAAACUUCAGCAGUGUUGUGCUGUCUUUGAUUUCAUGGACACUCUGUCAGACCUGAAGAUGAAAGAAUACAAGCGCUCAACCCUCAAUGAGCUCGUCGAUUAUGUCACAGUCAGCCGAGGAUACCUCACAGAACAGGCCUACCCAGAGGUCGUCAAAAUGGUGUCCUAUAAUAUAUUCCGAACUCUUCCGCCCAGUGACAGUAAUGAGUUUGACCCAGAGGAGGAUGAACCCACUCUAGAGGCCUCGUGGCCACAUUUACAGCUGGUGUAUGAGUUCUUCAUUCGCUUUUUGGAGAGUCAGGAGUUUCAACCCAGCAUUGCCAAAAAGUACAUAGACCAGAAAUUUGUCUUACAGCUGCUGGAGUUGUUCGACAGCGAGGACCCGCGGGAGAGAGAUUACCUGAAGACAGUCUUACACAGAAUCUACGGAAAAUUCCUGGGACUGAGAGCUUUUAUACGAAAACAAAUUAAUAAUAUUUUUCUACGUUUUGUUUAUGAAACUGAGCACUUCAAUGGAGUCGCAGAAUUGUUGGAGAUUUUGGGCAGCAUCAUCAAUGGCUUCGCUCUGCCGCUGAAGGCCGAGCACAAACAGUUUUUGGUGAAAGUUUUGAUUCCUCUUCACACCGUCAGGAGCCUCUCGCUUUUUCACGCACAGCUGGCGUAUUGUAUUGUACAGUUCCUAGAGAAAGACCCUGCGUUAACAGAACCAGUUAUCAGAGGUCUGCUGAAAUUCUGGCCUAAAACUUGCAGUCAGAAAGAGGUCAUGUACCUAGGAGAGUUGGAGGAGAUUCUGGAUGUGAUUGAGCCCACGCAGUUUGUGAAGAUCCAGGAGCCUCUUUUCAAACAGAUCUCUAGAUGUGUCUCCAGCCCUCAUUUUCAGGUGGCUGAGAGAGCUCUGUACUACUGGAAUAAUGAGUACAUCAUGAGUCUGAUUGAGGAAAACUCCAACGUGAUUCUUCCCAUAAUGUUCACAAGUCUGUACCGGAUCUCCAAAGAACACUGGAACCCGGCCAUAGUAGCUUUAGUCUAUAAUGUUCUGAAGUCCUUCAUGGAAAUGAACAGCACUUUGUUUGAUGAACUCACGUCCACUUACAAGUCAGAUCGUCAGAGAGAGAAGAAGAAAGAGAAGGAGAGAGAAGAGCUGUGGAAGAGGUUGGAGGAUCUGGAGUUGAAGAGAAGCCUCCAGAGUGACGGAAUUAUUCCCACUUAAUGACGCGCCUCUCCUGGACCGCUUUUUCCCCAACGCCUCCACCACGCGCUCGGAACGUUGGCCACUUUUUUUUCCUUUUCUGUAUUUGUGCGACUUACUUUACCGUAGAUUCACCUCGUCAGUCUCAUUAUUUCAAAAGCACUGUAAAUAACUUUAUUUUAUCCUCUUUUUUUCCCCCCUUAAAAAUAUUAUGCCGAAAAAGAACGUGACUAGAAAAGUAAGUUAAAAAAGAAAAAUAAGCAAAAAGAAAAAAGAAAAAAAAAGUGAAACCCGCACUGGAGUUGGAAGGACUUUGAAUAGACAGUAGGACUGAAAUGAACGACUGCUGUUAAGAAAAUCAAACAAACGGAGAAUCUCAACCUACCAAUCUGACUCACCUCGCCCAUCC